AUGACCGGGGAGACGGAUUAUAGUAAGUACGAGUUAGCGCGGCUGGAGGCGGAACUGGAGCAAGAGAGAGAAAUGAAAGAGAUGCUUGAGGAGUCUGUGUCGGACCUGAGGAGCACCCGGUGUGAACUUCAAGAGAGGCUACACAGUGUUGAUGGGGAGGGUAAUGAGUGGAAGACCAGGUAUGAGACGCAGACAGAGCUAAAUGGUCAGCUGGGAAGACAGAUCUCCAUCGUCCAGGAGAGACUGGAGGACUUGCGAGGGAACCCCGUGGAUCGGUUGGCCUCGAUCCGGUCAUAUGAUGACAUGCCAGCAGAAACACUGAGACAGCGGCUGAAACUUCUGACCAGCGAGAAGUCCGACCUGCAGAGUCAACUGAUGGACUGCCGUCUUCGAAUUGAACAAGAAGGAAAGGCUUUCCAUAAAACCAACGACGAGAGACGUGCAUAUCUUGCAGAAAUAGCAAAGCUGUCCUCCACCCUCGAUGGCAACAGGAGGCGCUACUCUACACAGCCACGAGCUGCAGCAGCAGCGGCGAGCCAGCAGAGCAGAGGCGUGCAGGCCAGCAGGAAGUCAGAGGCAGACUCCAGGAAGGCAGAAGAGAGACGAGAGGAUGGAGAAAGACAUGUUGGUGGAAGAGGAGGGAGGAAGGCUGGGGCGGGCAGCAGAUUACCCACUCUCACGCGCUACCUGAAGCACAACUCCUAA